AUGGCUGUUACAACCUUACCAUUAAUACAACAAGCACUGACUCGAUAUGGAAUGACGACUUAUUUUGCAUUGGGUCUUGUUGGUAAUAUUUGUAAUUGUAUAAUGUUUACAAGACGAUCGUAUCGUCAUCAACCUAGUUCUAUUUAUUUUAUUUCUCUUUCAAUUUUUGCAAUAAUUAUAUUAACAUGGUCAUUUAUUCCAAUAUUUUAUGGAUUUAAUCAUAUUGAUCCACAAACACAAUCAUUAGUCUAUUGCAAAAUAAGAUUUUAUGGUACUCUAGUUUCUAGUCAAUUAUUUCGUUAUACAGUUGUACUGGCUUGUGUUGAUAGAUUUUUUGCAACACGAACAAAUAUUCGUAUUCGUUCAUUACAUUCAGUUCAAAAGGCAAAGAAAUUUGUUUUUAUUAUAUGUAUAAUAUGGAUAAUAGCCAGUAUGCAUAUACCUAUAUUUAUGGAGUUAAACAAUGGUGUCUGUGGAAUGUUUGGUUUAUACAAAUUAUUUUUUUCAAUUUAUCAAAUUAUUUUUGUUGCUAUUUUACCACCAAUAUUAAUGAGUAUCUUUAGUGCCCUCACUAUUCAUAGUCUUCAUCGACAACAUGCUACUCAAGUACGUUUUAGACAAAGAGAUCGAUAUCUUCUACGUAUGGUAAUUUCGGAAGUUUUAGUUAAUAUUUUGACAACAAUUCCUUAUUCAUCUUAUCUUAUUUAUAGCAUAAUAGCAUCUUAUGUUGUCAAUAAAAGUGCUCAACGAUUAGAAAUUGAAUCAUUUAUUAAUUUCUUUACACAAUUUAUUGUUUAUUUAAUGAGUGUUGUCCCUUUUUAUUUGUUUCUUGCAACAUCAAAACCAUUUCGGUAUGAAUUCAUCAAUAUGAUCGUUACAUGUUGGAGUAAAUUCAUGCCAAGACAAAUUCGAAUCACUCCAUCAAACGGACAAGUUAUUACAGCAGCACUCAAUGCUAGAACCAUUAAUGAUAGACAAUAA